GAGGCGGUACUCCGCAGGUGUCUCGCUUUCGGCUCGCAGCGCUCGCCAUGCCUCCCAAGAAGGUGGAGGAGCCUCCUCCGCCAGAGCCGCAGGAGGAACAGGAGGAGCCAAAGCGGAAGGCCUGGGUUUAUGGCAUCAACAAUCACGUGGACCGCUUGGAUGCUGGCAUCGUGCAGGCCUUUCGAGGCACGGGUCACCCCAGAGAGGACUUCGCAACGCUUUGCCGACAGCUGAAUCUGCCGGGGCAUCAUGAGCUGAUGCCGACCAAGGUGGAAAACACCGAGGAGGCGCCCGAGGCGGAGGCAGAGGAGGAUGCGGGGCCGCCGAAGGUGCUGGCCCUGCAGAGCUGCCUGCUAGACCACGCCUCCAUGCUGAUGCUCAAGGUGGUGAUUCCCUUCGCCCUGCGCCUGGAGGUGUUGCGCGUCAGCGGCUGUGGCUUGGACUUGGCGCAGCUGGCGCUGCUGAGGCAAAGUCUGCAGGACUCCACGGUGCAGACGCUGCAUUUGGAGUGGAACCGCACAGAGCUGGGCCUCUCAGAUGCCCAGAAGGCCGCGGUGAAAGAGGCGCACCACUGGUCCGAGAUCGACGAGGCCGAGAAGGCGCUGGAGGAGCGGCGCGCCCAGCGCGCCUUGAGCGCCUUUCGGGAGGAGUUAGAGUUCCGGCAAGGUGGCAGUCUUGGCGAGGCGAUCCAGCAGCUGUCGGAGAAGGUGGUGCCAGGGCACAAGGCGACUGCCAAGCUUUGGCCGAUGGAUCUCCAGACCUGGAUCUCCGUGUUCUACGACGCCUUCCACAUGGACGUGCUGGACUGCGAACCCAUCUUCAACAUCCUGGACUCAGACCUCCACGGGGACGGCCUGGUGCCCCUAGAGAAGCUGCAGGAAGUGCUCGAGGCUUUGCCGGUCGAAUCGGACAGCGCAGACGACAGGCUGAUGCCACCGCUUCAGCCUGUCGAGUGCUUGGACGACAUCGGCUCCGCCUUUGGAGCAUUCCUGGACACCAGCCUGGAAAUGGUGUCCUUCAGGUGCUGCAACCUGAGCCGCCUGGAGAUCCAGGCGCUCAGCUUCUCCCUGAGCAGCGCGCCGCAUCUGCGCGCGCUGAACCUCUGGGGCAAUAAGAUUUGUGACCGCAGCGUGAAGCACUUGGCGGAGGCCUUGGAGUUUAACUGGGGCCUGCAGUUCCUGGGCUUAGGCCGAAACUUUGUGACUCACCAGGGGCUGCGGUCCCUUUGCCGCGUGCUGGGCAGAACCCACAUCACCGACAAGGCGACUGCUGACAAGGUCAUCAAGGGCCUAAAGGACCAGCAGAAGGAGCUGGAGAAGAAGAAGAAGUCCCAAGGGGCGCCGCCCAAAGAUGGCAACGGCCGCGAGCGCUACUUCCCGGAGAUUCGCUUCGAGACCUGCGAGGAGGUGAAGGCGGAGUCAGGCACCUACUGGCUUUGGACGCGGAACGUGGUGCUGAAGACGCUGAACUUGGAGGAGAACCCCAUCAGCGAUGUCGACGCGGUGGAGGCUCUACAGCCCCUAGGCAGUGGCGCUUUGGUGCUACGGGCCACUCCCUGCGCCUUGCCGCUGCUGGAAAGAGAGCGUCAGCGAGCCAAAGAGGAGCCGCCCGAGGAAGGUCAGGCUGCCAAGCCUUCGGGCUGGCGCCUGGUGCUGGUGUGAGAGAAGGCAACCGGAGCCCUGAAAACCAGCGGCCAAGGGGGCCAAGGGGUCCAACGAUCCUUUUUCCCGUGGUA